AUGGCCUCAUCUUAUGCGCUGCCGGCUUCAGCAAUUACCAACAGUCACCAUGGGCAUGGACAUUCUCAUUCCCAUUCAUCCUCACAUUCAAGCCGGUCCUCACAAUACUCUGCAAGUAGGUCCAGGCCAUUGAAUCAAUCAAUCUCAAGUCUGCAUAGCCAUUCGCACGAUCGUUCCGAAACUCUCCAUGAGCAUGAGCAUGAACAUGAACAUGAACACGAAAAUGAACACAAUCAUGGCCACUCUCACUCCCACUCUCAUUCGCAUGGCCAUGCGCACAACCACAGCCAUGAUAACUCGACAUCAUACCUGCCGUCACCGCCAUAUAGUGAAGCGACUCCCAUGUCUGCCAACUUCGAGAAAGGAGCAUAUGGGACCUACGAACCUCCGGUAAACGAUGUACAUGUUGACAGCCAUCAUGGUCAUGAUCAUGACCAUGACCACCACAACCAUUCGCAUGGUACGACAACCGAAACGAAAUCACGAUUUACGAGUUUGAUACUGCCAUACGCAUCCAAAUGGCCUCUUUUACAUGCAAUAUUGGCGAGUAAGGAUUCGAGGAGGAUCUUUUAUUUCAUGAGUCUUAAUUUUGCCUUUAUGAUCGUUCAAGCAUUUUACGGAUUCGUCACGGAUUCUCUCGGUCUUUUGAGCGAUAGUAUACAUAUGUUUUUCGACUGCUUGGCACUCGGAGUGGGAUUGUUUGCUGCAGUUGCAAGUAAAUGGCCACCGAGCCAAAGAUUCCCAUACGGAUUUGGAAAGAUUGAGAGUUUGUCGGGAUUUGGCAAUGGAGUAUUCCUCAUACUUAUUAGUAUUGAGAUUAUGAUAGAAGCGACUGAACGAUUGGCAGAAGGACGAGAAACAAAACGAUUGAUGGAACUUUUUGUUGUCAGUUCUUUGGGAUUGGCAGUUAACUUAGUUGGCAUGGCCUGCUUCGGUCAUCAUCAUCACGGACACGACCACGGCGAUCAUGAUCAUGGGCAUGAUCAUGGCCAUUCACAUGGACAUUCUCAUUCCCACUCUCACGACUCUCACUCCCAUGACUCUCAUUCCCACUCAGGAUCUUGCGAUCACGGUCACAAGAAACAACCCUCAAUUCUCCACGAUGACCAUUCACAUUCGCAUUCACACGGUGGCCAUUCGCAUGAUAACGAAAACAUGAGAGGUAUCUUUCUUCAUGUACUUGCAGAUACAAUGGGCAGUGCUGCAGUCAUUGUCUCUACUGUGCUAAUAUACUUUCUUGGAUGGUCAGGCUGGGACCCCCUCGCAUCUUGUCUCAUCGCAAUUCUCAUUUUCCUUUCCUCAAUUCCUCUUGUCAAAAGCAGUGCGAAAAAACUACUUUUAACAGUUCCUGAUGAUACCGAAUACAAUUUACGAAACACGUUGGCAGGUGUAAGUGAUUUACGUGGAGUUCAAACCUACACCGUUCCAAAGUUUUGGCUCGGCGAUAAAAAUCAAACAGUAUUAGGAGUCAUGCACGUUGUUGCGACCAGAGGAUCAGAUCUUGAAGAUGUUUUAACGAGAACGAGAGCAUUUCUUCUAAGUAAAGGUGUGGAUGUGGUAGUACAAGUUGAGAAAGAUGGAGACGGUAGUUGUUGGUGUGGAGGAGCUGGUAAUAGCAGUCGAUCGAACACAAAUUCGAGAUUUUCCUAG